UUCCAGACAUUUUACCAUUGGAGGCGUCGACCCCACAGCCAUGCCCACACAAAACACCGCCAUGUGGGGCCAACAAAAAAGUCAUCGAAAAUUAAUUAUCGGCAUAUUUGGCUUUUGCCUGGGACUAUUUGGCAUAUUGUGUGGCAUGUUCUGGGAGGAUAUAUUCAAUUGCAUCAUGCAUAAGGAAAUGACUUUGUCACCCAACACACGUGUCUAUGAGAAUUGGAAGACUCCGCCGCUGGAACUUAAUUUAGAUAUAUAUCUGUAUAAUUGGACAAAUCCCGAGGAUUUUGGUAAUCUCUCUACAAAGCCCAUACUGGAGCAAGUUGGCCCGUAUCGUUUCAGUGAGAAACCCGACAAGGUCGACAUCAAUUGGCAUCCCGAAAAUAGCUCAGUGAGUUAUAGGAAAAGAAGUUUCUACUACUUCGAUGCGGAGGGUAGCAAUGGCAGUCUAGAUGAUGAGAUUAUAACCCUAAAUGCGGUGGCAUUGUCUGCUGCUGCCACAGCCAAGAGAUGGAAUAGUGUGAAACGGGGCAUGGUUGAUGUCGGCUUAAAGCUUUACGAUCAGCAAAUGUCGGUACGCAAAUCGGUGGAUGAGCUCCUCUUCACUGGCUAUAAUGACAUAAUGAUUGAUAUGGCCAUUGCCAUGCCAGUUUUUGGCGAUGAUGUCAAGGUUCCUUUCGAUAAAUUUGGUUGGUUUUAUACUCGCAAUGGCAGUGCCGAUCUCACGGGAACUUUUAACGUCUUUACCGGAGCCGAUGAUAUCGAUAAAUUGGGCCAAAUGCAUACCUGGAAUUUCAAUCAACACACUGGCUUCUUUGACUCCCAUUGCGGGAUGACAAACGGCUCAGCGGGUGAAUUUCAACCAUCCCAAUUGCAACCAGGGGGCAGUGUGGGUCUCUUUACCCCCGAUAUGUGUCGCACUAUUCCUUUGGAUUACACUGAAACGAUGGAAAUAGAAGGCCUGAAGGGAUUCAAGUACUCGGGUGGACCACGUUCGGUAGAUAAUGGCACACAAUUUCCGGAGAACCUUUGUUUUUGCGGUGGCGAAUGUGUGCCCUCGGGUGUCAUGAAUAUAAGUUCCUGUCGUUUCGGAUCGCCCGUCUUUAUGUCCUAUCCACAUUUCUAUAAUGGCGAUCAAUUCUAUGUCGAUCAAGUCGAGGGAUUGGAGCCCACAAAGGAGAAUCAUGAGUUUUAUAUGGUCCUGGAACCACGUACAGGCAUUGCCUUAGAGGUGGCAGCUCGUUUCCAGGUCAACAUGCUGGUUGAACCCAUCGAAGGAAUCGCAUUGUAUACAGACAUCCCCAGAAUAUUCUUUCCUCUCAUUUGGUUUGAGCAGAAAGUAAGAAUCACUCCAGAAUUGGCUGAUCAAUUGAAGGUUCUACCCAUUGUUCUGCUGGCAGGACAAAUCUUUGCUGGAACUUGUCUGGCCAUUGGCCUGCUCCUACUCUGCUGGACGCCAGUGGCAGAACUUUUGAUCUGGUGUCAACGGCGAUCUGAUCGUUAUGAUCUCAAGACCCAGCACAAGGGCAAUGGUCAGGAGUACAAGAGUCGCAGUUCCAGUGCAGAUGAUCUUAAAUCGAAGGCCUCGACUUUGGUGUGUGAGCAGGGUCCAGAUAGUUCACCACUUCUCGAAGAUAGACGCAAGGAAAAGCCAUCGAUCCAGCCCAUGUCCAAAUCACAGACUGGAGAAAGUGUUGCCACCGCCUCUACAGGAAUCAGUGAUGAGAGUAAACAAAAUUAAUCUAACAGAUGCGAAGAAUGCGUUGAUAAUUUGCCAGCUUAGCUACUAAGCCGUCCUAGUUAAGUCUCUUAUUAGUUCUUAGUUUAGUUAUAGAGUAUUACUACUCCCCCCCCAAAAACCCAAUUACAUACUCCAGUGCCUAUGCCAAAGAUUAAUGAGGCAAAGAUCUGAUAUACACAAUCCAAUAAUGAACACUUUGCAUAGUCUUAAUGAAUACUCCUUAAAUGUAUUUUGGAAUUUUUGUGGAUGUUUUCCUCUUUUGAUAAAUGUGUAUAUGUAUAAUAACUCUAACCAAAAAGCCAGACAAAUCGAAUUAAAUAUAUUUUAUAUAUAUACUAUA